AUGAAGACGAAGUCUGGAACUCCAUACUAUGUGGCACCGCAAGUCCUAGCAGGGAGCUACAAUGAGCUUUGUGACAUUUGGAGCUGCGGGGUCAUCAUGUAUGUGCUGCUUUGUGGCUACCCUCCAUUCCUGGCAGACACAGAUCCCCAGGUUUUGGCAUUGGUCCGAAGGGGGCAUUUCACCUUCCCAGCAGAGGACUGGAGCCAGGUGUCAGAUGAUGCCAAAAACCUUAUCACCAAGUUGCUCGCCAUGAAGCCUGCAGAGCGCUUCACGGCUGAGCAGGCCUUGAACCACAUCUGGAUCAAGGAGAAAGCCCCGCACUCCAGGAAAGAGCCGCUGAACACCACCUCAGUCAGCAACCUGAAGAACUUUAGAUCUACCAACAGGUUCAAGAAGAUGGCCCUGCAGGUCAUCGCGACUCAGCUGAGCGAAGAUAAGAUUGAGAACUUGCGGAAGCAGUUCCUUGCUCUUGAUAGCAACGGGGAUGGCAUGCUCAGCAUCAAGGAAAUCAGUGAUGGCCUGAAAGCGGCAGGAAUGAAGGACAAUGAUUUGAAGCAUAUCUUGGCGGGAGUGGACUUUGAUGGGAGUGGGAGCAUUGAAUACAAGGAGUUUUUGGCGGCCACUCUCGACAAGAAGCAUUACCUGCAGGAGGAUGCUCUCUGGUCAGCAUUCUGCGUCUUUGACCGGAAUGGCGAUGGUGGGGGCACCUCAGGGAGGGAGAGGUUGUGA